ACAGCUGUUCCGCGCUUAUUUUUUUUCUGAAGAUAUCGCCGAUUUCGUGGACAAAAGUUUAUGUAUUUUUAAAUUGAAAACAACAUAGAAAAGCAUGUCGUUUCUUGCGCAAACUGUGCGCCAAGUGCUGCGCCAGACGCCGACACGCGCUUCCAUGCUGACGGGCGCCAUGCGCUCCUUGAGUCUGGCACCGGCUUUGUGGCAACAACACAAACCCGCCGCCGCCGCCGAUGACGCCGGAAUCGAUGUUGCAGCCAUCGCCAAAGAGCAGCAGAAGGAGUGCCUGAGCAUCUGCGAGAGGGUCAAUCAGCAGGUGGCCAAAAGGGAGCAGGGCCGCCUCUUUGCCGUUGUUCAUCUGUGCGGCAAACAGUUCAAGAUCACCGCCGGGGACAUCAUCCUGGUCGAGGGCUAUUGGCCGCCCACGAUAGGCGACGAGAUCAGCCUCGACAAGGUGCUGCUGGCCGGAGCUCGCGACUUCACGCUGAUCGGACGCCCCAUUCUGGAGCCCGGCCUGGUUACGGUGAAGGCCACCGUUGUCGAGAAGACCCUGACCCACACGAAGACACACUUCAAGAAGAAGCGCAGGAAACAGUAUAUGAGAAUCAACUUCCAGCGUUCGCCCAAUACCAUGAUACGGAUCAACUCCAUUCAGGUGGCACGACCAGUGGACGGCAGUUCAGAGGCGGAUAAGGAGCCCUCGAAGCGUUUGUUUUAAUCUAAAAGCUGUUUAUCAAGGAAAUUAUAUCCAUUUAUUAUGAUAA